CACCACUGUGAAUGUCCAGUAGGAUUUCCCUUUAUGAUGGAUGAAUGACACUAUAAUAACGUUAUAGCCAAAUAGAGAGUAUUUUAUGACGAGAGCUAGCUUUGAAAUAAGACACUUCAGGUGUCAAUUAAAGGGGGGCGAUGUUCUUGAAUCAAGAGUCCAGUUACAUGCGAAAAUCUGAAAGCGCGUGGUGGCUUCCCCUGGCUAGUGCACAAUGGUGUGCGUCUUGAGUUCAGAGCAGCCAGCCAGUCCACGAUGGGCAUAAUGCAGGGAUUAUCAACUAGAUUCGGCCGCUGGACGAUGUUUUAUUGAGUGGAUGGUCAGGGUCCAGAACAUAAUUACAAAUCAUUUGCAAACUGCAAAUUGACCGCAAGACGCCCAAACGGAUAUAAUAUUGAACUAAAACACAAUAAUUUCAAACCUUGCUUACAUUUCUAUAUGAUCCCAUACUGUUUAUCUCUCCAUUAUGCGUGGGAAUACGGACAAAUAAAACCAGGCCCGCGGGCCGCAAGUUGGAGACCACUGGCAUAAUAUAACCACUUUGUUUUUGCUACUGUCUGCCACUAGAUGACAGUACAGCAUCAUCUGUCAGUCAGCUCAACAUUUCCCCAUAUUCAUGCGUUUUGCAAUGUUGAGAAAAUUGUUAGAGGAAAUUGUAGGCAAGCAACUUCUUAUGCGUCACUGGGUUGGCCAAAUAAGCCUACCUAAUUCAAAUUACGAUUGCAAAGAAACACAUAGACUUACACAAUAAAACCUUAAUGUGUGAAUAAUGAUGUGCAUGAUCAUUAUUUUGGGGAAUUGAUAGGUCUGUGUCCAAUGUUUAGCAAACAUGGCGUAUAGUGUGUUACAUGUUGUUCGGGGGGUACUGCUUACUCUUGCAGAAAACACUGUUGUGUUAUGACUGAAGUGGGAGGGGCUCCGAUGUCAAACUGCAUCACAGCCUACUGCUGCGCUCAAUGGGUGCGCCCGUGGACAAAUUCUUCGAGGUAUGUGGAUGGAUUUAUUACUCUGGUCUGGAGACUGUAUAGGCCGUGAGACUUGUUUAAAGAUCACCGACUGACCCCGCCCUGCAAAGUCUAUAACUUCCUAAAGUUUUCACCCCGCUACAGAGUAACACCCCAUGUCCUCUGCUGAACUGCGCGCACGAAUGAAUACCACGGAUAUUAAUAACUGGAUAGCCAACAAUGUUGUCUAAAUUGCUCAUGGAAGGCUGAGCGUCCAUUUUCCUCAUAUGGCCGGAGCUUGCUGCAAGUGUCCGGUUUCUCUCACGGUGUUCAAGCGCUCUCUCUGCGUCACCCCGCGGAGCCCUGGACCCGCUUCACGGUCCCUUCUUUCCGGGGGACGGCUGGGCGAGAGGGGCGUGCAGGAGGGAUGUUGGGCCGCCCGCCCCAGUGCUUUGCGGACAGUAGGCUCUUACAGACACCCCGUGUUUCUCUGUUUCUCUUGCCAGGAAUCCAUGAGUGAGAGCCUGCGGACAUGCUACCUCUAUCUGAACCAGACCAGUCGCAGUUUCGCCGCUGUUAUCCAGGCGCUAGACGGAGAGUUACGGCAUGCGGUGUGUAUCUUCUACCUGGUCCUACGUGCCCUUGACACGGUGGAAGAUGAUAUGACCAUCCCCCUGGAGAAGAAGGUGCCCAUGCUGAAUGACUUCCACACGUACCUUUACCAGGCCAACUGGUGCUUCACUGAGAGCCACGAGAAGGACAGGCGGGUCCUGGAGGACUUCCCUACGAUUUCCUUGGAGUUCAGGAACCUGGGUCAGGCAUACCAGGAUGUGAUCUCGGACAUCUGCCACCGCAUGGGAGUUGGAAUGGCUGAGUUUCUGGAGAAGAAAGUGGGCUCCAUGAAGGAGUGGGACCAGUACUGUCACUAUGUGGCAGGGCUGGUGGGUAUAGGCCUGUCCCAGCUGUUCUCUGCCUCCCAGCUGGAGGACCCCGAGGUGGGCAAAGACACAGAGCUGGCCAACUCCAUGGGUCUGUUCCUCCAGAAGACCAACAUCAUCAGAGACUACCUGGAGGAUAUACAGGUGGCGAGGGCCUUCUGGCCACAAGAGGCAUGGAGUCAGUUUGCGUGUCGUCUGGAGGACCUGGCAGAGUCUGACCAGCUGACCUCAGCCCUGUCCUGUCUCAACCUGCUGGUGACAGACGCCCUGCGCCACGUCCCUGAUGUCAUCACCUAUCUGGCACGCCUACGCAACCAGAGCGUCUUCAACUUCUGCGCCAUACCACAGGUGAUGGCGAUAGCGACCCUCUCAGCCUGUUACAACAACCCUCAAGUAUUCCAGGGCGUGGUGAAAAUCAGGAAGGGUCAGGCCGUCACCCUCAUGAUGCAAGCCACCAACAUGGGUGCUGUGCAAAGCAUCAUGGCCCAAUACAGCCAGGAGAUGCUACAGAGGGUGUCCUUGACAGAUCCAUCCCGUGACAAAACCCUGUUUAUCCUGGGUGUGAUCCAGGAGAGGACUCUCUCCCAAGCCACCCUGGCCUCCCGGACUGCCCACCUCUCCCCCAUGUACCUCUCCGCUGCCAUGAUCCUCGCCGCCCUCAGCUGGCAGUACCUAAGCACUACAGCCGGACAACCUCCCGGCACUGCUGACAUGCAGGGCCAUUGAGCCCACUCAACCCCCACUAACCCUCACCCUGCAUGGGGUGCACGACUGAGAUGCUCCCCUCUCUCCUGAGGCCUGGUUCUCCCUCUCCCCUGGAGGAAUCUUACCCUCCCAUUCACCUGUCCUGUUUAACUCACCUGUGAUGGUCCGUAGAGGCCUGUACUAUGGGAGUCACUGGUAGCAGGGUUGUCGUAUUGUGUUUGAUAGUGAUUUGUAGUCUUACUUUCCGUAACAUUAUUUUCUAACACAUUGGUCAUACUCACGUCAGAUACACACGGCACCUGGCACAUCUCUCAUUUGUUUUUUUGGUUUGUUUUUAUGUUGAUUUGAGUUAUUUUGUAACCACAACCCUGGUUUUGUUUGUUACAUCAUUUGAAAGGGAGAAUUUCAAUAGAGCUGUAAUGGAUUGGUAAUUUCACUUUUUUUUCAACAUUAAUUUGAAAUGUGAAUAGGAUUUAGUAAAGUCUUGGACCCAUCACACAAACCUAAAGCACACAGCUCACACACAUACAGGACAUUGCGAUUUAAGAAACAUCAACUAAACCAUUGUGCAUUUCUUAUAGUUGUUUUUUUUUGGGGGGGGGGGUUGUAAUGUUAUUUUCAAUAGCAACUAAUGACAACACAAUGGUUCUGUUUGAUGUGUUUUAUAAGUGUCUGUAUAUCUCCAUAGCAAGAACUAACAUGAUUGUUUAUGUACAGUAUAGCUACAUGUUGUCACAUUCAAUCAUAGUAAACUGGACACAUCUCAAUAGUCUAAAGUUGCCUCCUCUCCUUGUAUUCUCUACCUCAACUGCACUGAUCUGAAAAGACGUAAUAGCAAAUAUGAAACAAUAUGACAGAAGCCUAGCUUAGCUUUCAUCUAUAUGUCUGUGUCUUUCUCAUUGUGGACAAAGGAAAGGGGACAAGGAGCGGAAGCCACAUUUGUCUUUUGAGACAUGCCCAGUGUAAGAUGAUACAGAGACUGGUAGAAGCGGGAUUGCAGCAGAGCACAUAGUAGCAGGCUGCUAAGUGUCCUUAAGACAGAGCUUUGGUGAGUAGGAAGGCUACAAUAGUGUGGUGUAUCCUUGUACACAACCAAAGAAGACAUGAAUAUUGCUAUGUGAUAUUUUAAUUUGUAUAUCAUUGAAAAAAUAAUAAAAGACAAUAGUGUUUCUGAA